AUGCCUGUGGCCGUGGAGAAAUCCAAAAACUUUGGCAUUGACGCGCUGCUGUCCGACACGCCGUCCCCACGGCUGACAGACGGCAGUCCAGCUCAGCCCAUCCUGCCUCUGACUCGCCUCACCUCGUCCCAGGAUGGACUUAACGCUCUGUGUCAAGGGAUCUAUUCAAGCGCCAUGUACCCUCUGCGUGCCCUCGGAUUCCAACACUCCGCCUUCUGGUACCCGAGCUUGACGCAUCUGGUGCAGCCAUACCCAGAUCAGGUGAUUGGGACCGUGGAACCCUGGAUCACAACCGGGAUGAUGAUGAUGCCCAGACUAGGAGAGGACAGAGGUCCAAAUCAGGCAGGUUUGUUGGCGAAGUGUCGGAGGCCCAGGACUGCUUUUACGAGUCAUCAGCUGUUAGAAUUAGAAAACCAGUUCAAACUCAACAAGUACCUGUCCAGACCCAAACGCUUUGAGGUCGCCACUUCACUAAUGCUGACCGAGACUCAGGUUAAGAUCUGGUUCCAAAACAGGCGUAUGAAGUGGAAGCGGAAUCAGAAACCAAAGGAGCACGUGAUACCACGCUCUCCAGUAACUGAGAUGAAGAGAACUGGGAUGAGUGCAGACAGCUCAGCGCUCACUGAUGACACUCACAGUUCCAGUCUCAAUGGGGAAGAGUUGCAUCAAGAGGAAGAGGAGGAGGAAAAGAAUGGAAUCGAGGUGUUACAGGAUGCUUCUUUAGAUUCUGUGGACUUACUGAAGUAUGCACAUAGAACAAUGAAGGGCAGCUUCUCUGAUGAGGACCUGUAA